AACACCAUGAAAAAGCACAUAAAACAAAAAGAAAAAAUUUACUACUAAAAAAAACCUAUUUAGUAGUACUACACCAAAACUUCCAAAAACUCAAAAAAGAUUCCACCAAAAUAAUAUCCCUAUUUCCAAAUCUCUUCCCCUCUUUUCCUCUCUUUCCCCUUCACAAGUUAUUCUCUCACCUCACAAAUUCAUUUUUUAAAAUCCCAAUCUUCCAUUUACAUGACCUCACUUCACUCUCUCUCCUCCAUCUCCCCUCCACAAAACUUCUUCAUCAACACCAACAACAAGAAUACCAACAACACCAACAACACAAACAACAAGUUGUUGGAGAAGGAGGGUUUCUCUGCAACCACAAAACCCCCUGCAAUGAGGCUAAUUGUGCCGUUACAAGGGGUUGUUCAAGGAAGAGGUGGCUUAAUUUUAGGGUCAAUUAUCCCUUGCGCUCUCUUUUACUUCUUCCAACUUUACCUCAAAAAAAACCGCAACAACAACAACAACAACAACAAUUCUCCUUCUUCUCCUCCUACUCUUUCUCCUACAUCCUCAAAUCUUGAGCUUCAUCGUUCCUCUUCUCGGCCCAAUUUGUCAUCUGCCCGUUGCUCUCUUGGGCCGGCCCGUAUUUCUUCUCGGGCUUCUGGGCUUGCCCGACCUAAUGAUUCAACUUACUAUAUGGGCCUUGAUAGGGCUCGCCAGGAUGCUUAUCAUCAAGUUGAUAAUCCCAAUGGAGUUAUUCAGCUUGGUUUAGCUGAGAAUUUGUUGUCUUUGGAUUUGAUUGAGAAAUGGGUAUCAGAGAAUUGGGAUGGUUCGAUUAUUACUGGUGGUGAAUUGGGCAUCAAUGGGAUUGCUACUUACCAGCCAUUUGAUGGAUUGAUGGACUUGAAAGUGGCAAUGGCUGAUUUCAUGUCUAAGGUUAUGGGGGAUGUCUCCUUUGAUCCUUCACAACUAGUAUUGACAUCUGGCGCUACUCCUGCAGUGGAGAUACUAUGCUUUUGCCUGGCAGACCACGGGAACGCCUUGCUAAUUCCAGCUCCAUAUUACGCUGGUUUUGACAGGGAUUUAGUGCGUACUGGAGUGGAGCUGAUACCUGUUCAUUGUCGUAGCUCUGAUGACUUUACAUUAACUAUUCCUGCCCUCGAUCAAGCAUAUAAUAAUGCUAGAAAACGGGGGCAAAAAGUUCGGGGCAUCCUUUUCUCAAACCCUUGUAAUCCUGUAGGCAAUUUACUCUCGAGGGAUGCACUGUACAGCCUUUUAGACUUUGCCAGGGAAAAGAACAUUCACAUUAUUUCUGAUGAAUUAUUUGCGGGGUCAACCUAUGAGAGUUCAAAAUUUGUAAGCAUGGCAGAAAUUGUCGAAUCAGAAGAUCUUGACAAGAAUAGGGUUCAUAUCAUAUAUGGGCUAUCCAAAGAUCUUUCUCUUCCAGGCUUUAGGGUCGGGGCCAUCUACACCUCUAAUGAGAAUGUUUUAGCUGCUGCGAAAAAGUUAGCGAGGUUUUCUUCAAUUUCUGCUCCAACACAGCGUCUGGUAGUUUCAAUGCUGUCAGAUAAAAAGUUCAUUGAAGAUUAUAUGAAAACCAAUACAAAGAGGCUAAAGAGGGUGCAUGAUUCCUUUGUUGCUGGUUUAGAUCAACUUGGAAUACCAUGUGCAAGAAGUGAAGGGGGAUUAUUCUGUUGGUCUGACUUUAGUGGACUGAUAAAGCCCUACAAUGAAAAAGGAGAGCUUGACUUAUGGGACAAGCUGCUAACUGUAGGGAAAGUGAAUCUAACCCCUGGGUCAGCCUUUCAUUGCAUUGAACCUGGAUGGUUUAGGUGCUGUUUCACUACACUAGCUGAAAAAGACAUUCCUUUGGUUAUGGAACGGAUUAAGAAAGUUUGUGAAAGCUGCAAAUCACCUAGCUAAUGUGCUGUGAUUAGUCAUUCAGAGUUUAAACUUAAGAAAUCAUACAUGAAUCAUCCAGCAGCGAUAGCAAUGAUAACUAUGCAUCAGAGUUAUGAAGAUUGUUGGUGAUAUUUUGUUCAAAUUGUCUACAAGAGAAAUGUACAGAUAUUAUAUUCUUAGGGAAGCGUACAAUACUGGUAAAGAUCUUUGAUAAUAUAUUGGUGAAACUUGUUAGACGAGAAGAUUAUCGAGACAUGAAGAAUUCAUUCCUACUAAUGAUGAAUAUGCAGCUUCUACACAAAAUGAAUUCCUUGAAAUGCUGUCUUAAGAGAGUUUUAACGCCAGAAAGUCCUUCCUCAGCAUUUUCGCUAGUCCUCCGCCACUCGCCACAAUAUUGAAGCAUCCUUGAGGUUUGUUCUUUGUGAAAUCCUGCCAUUUUCCAAUCCGGCAAGUUAAUUAUUGAAUAGUUUAUGUAUAUAUCAAGGAAUUAACAAAGGCAAUUCAGCCAUUUUUGUCCAUCUGUAGAUUAUGAGGAAGUAUAUGACAUAGGAUCUUUUUUUUUGUUUUUCCUUUUUUUUUUCUUUUUCUGAUGAGUUAAUAACAGAUCAACAACCAUUUGUUCUCUCUAAAGUAGAAGGCUGAUCUCAAAAAGAGAAAAAUCUACAUGGGAGGCUCAGCCCGUGAGUAGAUAGCAACUGUUCUAUAUUUGACAAUAAUAAUUUUUAUGCGUCAUUCUAUGAAGUGUGAAUGUUUGGGCUAAGAAAUUACCUUUUGUUGAUAUUGCUUCUUCAUAUUAACUGCUUUUCGGCGAAAACUUCUUCUACGACUCUGCAUUAUGAGCUCUCCUAGGGUACAUGGUCUCCUAAUCACGCCACUUCGUCUGCCAUCUCCAACUAGUUUCUUAUGCUCUGCCGUUGUAGGAGUUUUUCUCUCAGGAAGCCUCAUUUUCUCCUGAGGGUUCUUUCCUUGUUGAAGAAACCCAGACUUGGGUGGAUACAAUGGAAAGAGGUGUGCCAAAAAAGCAGCACCUUUCAAGCUUGUAUUUCUAUUUGCAUAGCUAUUCGGACUGCUGUUACUUUCUGGUGAAAGUGGACCCUCCAUAUACCCAUCAACCCGUUGCUCUACAUACGGGUUUCGUAGAGGUGUGAGGCGAUUUGCAAGGAGAGAAGGAGCCGAGCAAAAGGACUCCUCUGAUUGGACACUUAUUGCAUCAAAAUCCAACUCUGACAUCCAAUCUCGAUCAUCAUAAUCAUCACCAUACGAGCUAUCUUCUUCAUCGGUCUCAUUCCCAUACUUGGUAAAGUAUGCUGGAGGUAAAGGUAAGCACAUGUUUUCCGGCACUGUUUCUUGAGUCUUGGGAUUUGUCGGUUCCUGAUCAAAACACCGGAGUGGAGUCCCGGGUUUCUCCUCCCAUUUGAAGGGAAUGGAAGCAAUGUACUUCAUGGGUAGCGGAACAGGUAUUAAAGGCUCGCGUUUUGGCUUCCAAUCCUUCUUUGGUGCUCCUGGUAUCUCUUCCCAUUGAAAUGGUAUUGUAAUUUGUUGCUUGAUUUUCUUUCCACACUCAUUUUUCUCAUUGUUUUCUAUAUCUUCCAUUGUGAGUA